GAGACCAACGUAUAUCGGUAUAUCCAGAAGACCUUCAUGUAUUUUUUAAAUAUGUAGCUCGUUGUCAGAUUCAUAGGAGACGCACAGACGAUUAUUUUCUAAAGCACAUCAAAACUGAUAGGCUUCAUCUACAUCAUCACCGUAGUGGUUUUCCCAAGAGUGACAGACUGAUGCCUGUUGGUUCGAACAGUGACUGCCCGCACUUGGAGUGUGUGGGCGAGAUUACUAAGGAGGAACUAAUCCAGAAAUCUCAUGGGCAAUGCCAGGACUGUAAGGUUGGCGGACCAAACCUGUGGGCCUGUCUGGAGAACGGCUGUGCAUAUGUUGGCUGUGGAGAGUCUCAUGCUGACCACAGCACCGUCCACUCUCAGGACACACGGCACAACCUGACAGUGAAUCUGACCACGCUACGGGUUUGGUGCUAUGCCUGUGCCAAAGAGGUUUUCCUGGAGAGGAAGCUGGGACCAGGUUCCCCUCUGCCCUGUACCAAGCCACUCUCUCACCUCCAGUCUCCCACCCAGGACACUCGGGUUCCUGGCAGCCCGACCUCUCUUAGGGUACCGCUGACCGGAGCCUUCGAUGACCUGGACAUGGAAAUGGAGGAAGAGAAUGAGAUGAACACCAGAGGUCUUACUGGGCUGAAGAACAUUGGGAACACGUGUUACAUGAACGCUGCGUUACAGGCUCUCUCCAACUGUCCUCCUCUGACUCAGUUCUUCCUGGAGUGUGGUGGUCUGGUCAGGACAGACAAGAAGCCAGCGCUGUGUAAGAGCUACCAGAAGCUGGUCUCAGAGCUCUGGCAUAAGAACAGGCCAUCCUAUGUUGUGCCCACCAAUCUGUUCCAGGGAAUAAAGACUAUUAACCCCAUGUUUCGGGGCUACUCCCAACAGGACUCUCAGGAGUUCUUGCGCUGUCUGAUGGACCAAUUACACGAGGAACUCAAGGAGCCUGUGGUGGAGCCUGAGGACCAGACCAACGCCAUCGCCGUUGACGACAGCCUGGAUGACGACAGCCGCAGCCAAUCAGAUGACUUCCAGUCGUGCGAGUCAUGCGGCAGCAGCGAGCGGGCAGAGAACGAGGCCCUGGGUUCAGGGCGGGGCAUGGACGAGCCGAACGAGGCGGAGAUGCUGAUCCCAGACGAGGCGCAAGCUAACCGCGAGUGGCAGAAAGAGAAGAAUCUCAUCAACAACCUGUAUCGUGCCGGUUCCCAUGGCGACCUGGACAAGGAUGUGGACACGGCCAAUGAGCCCACUCCCAUCAUCAGCAGCCAGGGGGCCAUUAAAGUUCAGGUGCAGGGCAGAGGGACAGAUUCUUGUCCAGAUGCAACGGUCAGCAGCAGCACCCGUCCGCAGAGUCCCAGUGCCAACGAUGGGGUCAUCCACAAAAUGUCCAGCAGUCCUCCCAAAUCUGUCUCUGUGUGGCCUAACCUGGGCGCAGCUCAUAAGAAAGUAUCGUCAUUUGCCCCACCAAAGACCAAACGGCAGAGGAGGUACCGCAGCGUGAUCUCCGACGUUUUUGACGGCACCAUCGUGAGCUCAGUGCAGUGUCUGACCUGUGAUCGGGUGUCAGUGACACUGGAGAACUUCCAGGAUAUUUCUCUGCCCAUCCCUGGGAAAGAGGACCUGGCCAAGCUGCAUUCCUCCUCCCAUCAGACGGCCCUUGUUAAGGCAGGCUCCUGUGGGGAAGCCUACGCUCCUCAAGGCUGGAUUGCCUUUGUCAUGGAGUACAUCAAAAGCUGGUUCUGGGGCCCUGUGGUCACAUUACAAGACUGCCUGGCUGCGUUCUUUGCCAGAGAUGAACUGAAAGGAGAUAACAUGUAUAGCUGUGAAAAAUGCAAGAAGCUACGGAACGGAGUCAAGUUCUGUAAAAUGCAGAGUCUCCCAGAGAUCCUGUGCAUUCACCUGAAGCGCUUUAGACAUGAGCUGAUGUUCUCCACCAAAAUCAGCACCCAUGUCUCCUUCCCUCUGGAGGGCUUGGACCUGCAGCCAUUCCUGGCCAAGGACAGCUCUGCACAAACCACCAGUUAUGACCUGCUGUCAGUCAUCUGUCACCAUGGCACCGCUAGCAGUGGCCACUACAUUGCCUACUGUCGAAACGACCAAAACCAACUCUGGUACGAAUUUGACGACCAAAGUGUAACAGAGGUGUCUGAGUCCUGUGUUCAGAACGCUGAGGCCUAUGUGCUUUUCUACAAGAAGAGUAAUGAGGACGCGCAGAAGGAGAGGCGAAGGGUGUCAGGACUGCUCAAUAUGAUGGAGCCAAGCCUACUACAGUUCUACGUUUCCCGCCAGUGGUUCAACAAGUUCAGGACCUUUGCUGAGCCUGGGCCAAUCUCCAAUAACGACUUCCUGUGUGCCCAUGGGGGUGUUCCUCCCCACAAGGCCUCUUACAUCAAUGACCUGGUUGUGAUGCUUCCUCAGACUGUAUGGGACCAUCUGUACAGCAGGUACGGGGGUGGCCCAGCCGUGAACCAUCUCUACGUCUGCCACACCUGUCAGACGGAGAUCGAGAAACUGGAGAAGAGACGCAAGAACGAGCUGGAUAUGUUCGUGCGGCUGAAUAAGGCGUUUCAGGAGGAGGAGUCUCCAUCUGUCAUAUACUGUAUUAGUAUGCAGUGGUUCCGGGAGUGGGAGGGAUUUGUCAAAGGCAAGGACAAUGAGCCACCAGGACCAAUCGAUAACUCGAAGAUUGCGGUGAACAAGAAUGGGCACAUUUCGCUCAAACCAGGAGCAGACUCGGGGCAGAUCUCAGAGGAGACGUGGAACUUCCUGUACUCUAUUCACGGCGGAGGACCCAUGGUGACCAUUCGGCCCAGCGUCGGUCAUCAGGAGCCAGAGGCUUCCCAGGCAGAGGAGAAGAUCGAGGUGGAGACGCGUUCAGUGUAG